AGCGAGAAAUACGAAACAAUCGAUGAUUUUAUCUCGGAAUACAAGUCUGCUGAGGGCAAGUUUAAACGCCGCUCUAAAACGAGACCUGUACAUUGCUGUGGCAUCCAUUAGAGAUAGGUGGUUACAGGACGCCAGUAUGUACAGUUUGAGGAGAUUCUUUGUCGUGUUCACCCUCCUCGGUGGUGCCGUCUUCGUCAUCUUACUCCUCGUGAUGACGCAUUCAGAUAGUCGCUAUUUAACAGCCCGUUUUGCAAGUGAUUUUACCCACCUACAAGAUUCGAUUAUUGGGACCGGUGCUCAUGAAGAUGACAUUCGCCUGACAGAACACGGCCUUGACCUGUUUCUAGAAAGCAAGGAUGAAGUCAAAGACGGAGAAUGGAAUAACGAAGAUUUCACUUUAGCUGUGGACAGCACCGUGGCUGAAGCUCUGUCCAGGAAGCUCCGUCUGGCCUGUUUCAUCACCACCAGGGAGGUCAACAUGGAGACCAAACUGAAGGCCGUCAAUGAGACUUGGGGCAAGAGAUGUGACAAGAUGCUGUAUGUGAUGACAACCAACAAAACAGGGCCGGACAUAUUAGGAGUGACCAUUCCCGACUCCCAUCGCACUCUCACAGAGAAAAUCGUCCACGCUUUCACACACAUGUAUAGUACAUCACUAGACGAGUAUGACUGGUUCCUCAAGGCUGAUGAUGACACAUAUGUCAUUGUGGAAAAUCUCAAAUUUCUUCUCGCGCAUCUAAACGCCAGCAAACCUGUCUACGUUGGCGACCACUUCGCACCCUUCUCACCUAACGGGUACAUGGGUGGUGGGGCGGGGUAUGCUGUCAGUAGGGAAGCUCUCCGUCGACUGGUGGAGCAGGGUUACAGGGUGCCAGGUAGAUGUCGCCACGCUGGAGGAAGUGAAGACAUCGAGACCGGGCGAUGCAUGUACAAGGUUGCGGUGUCUACAUAUCUUUCGUUAGACAAGUACAACAGAUCGACCUUUCAUGGUGCAAAUCCUGACACAUUCCAAGUUGGUGUAGCCAACUUUAUCUCCGGGUUUUCUGCCAACAAAUACCACUCGGGCCCAGAGUGCUGCUCACAGCUGACCAUAAGCUUCCACUAUGUUAAACCGGAGCUGAUGAGAACUCUGGAUAUGUUCCUCUACCAGAUCACUGUGUUUGGUCGAACAGUGAAAUACAAGGAGCUCUGGAAUCUGUUCCGAGCAGAGGAGUUUCACAUACCACAAGAACGUCGGAGGCGCCCUUACCCAGGGGAGACAAUAGAGGAGUACUACAAGAAUGCUACAGAAUGGAGAUUGAAGAACACAACUAUCUAUAUUCCAGACAAGACGAAACCAAAGAAAAAAACAGGAGCGUGAGUCUGGACUCAGGAAUUGUGUCUUGCUAUUCAUAUGAGUAACAUCCUUCUUUUUGCAUUUUGAAAAAUAAAUACAUGGAUCUUUUUGAUACCAUGAUAUUCCGCCGAAUCUAAAUUUUAGGCUUGCAAUAUUUUUUUUAUAUUUUUUUUAUAAACACUGUGUUAUCUGUCAGACUUUGUUAUAUGAGGAACAUUGUUUUGGAACUGAAACAUCCUGCAGGGACAUGGAAGGAGACAUUAAAAGAAUAUGGGGAAUAUACUAUUGAACUGGGGAAUCUUUAUUAUACACACCUGGGAAAUUUCUAAGCACCACACCUGUAGUUCAUACAUACUACAUGGGACUUUGGAACGAUAUACAUAAACUUAUGACAGUGGUCUCCUAUCAAUCAAUGUGUAACAUUGUGACACACUGGAUAAGAAACACCUAGGUCUAUUCAAGAUGGACGCAAGUUAUAGAAAGCAUAUGAGUUACAGACGCAGAUGAGAGAUGUGAAACAUACUCAAAGAAGUAUUUACUUGGAACAAGUAUAACCCAUUUAAACAUUAAUCGAUUUCGUUUUCUGUAUAUCACUAUGAGUAUGUCACAGUCAUACGAUUUUUCCAAACCUAUAUAUUUUAAAAAAACAUAUGUAAUGGAAAGUGCUUAACUUUUGCCAGGUUUAUAUAUGUAUGCAUACCUUGUAGAUGAUAAUAAACAACACUACAACAACUAUAACUACA